UUCCCCAAAUGUUGUUGGACUACAACUCCCAGCAUGCUUUAAUCCUAGAUCAUAUGCUGAAAAACUGCUGAGCGGCAGAACCCAAGCGUAAUAGACCAAACUCUGCAUAGCCUUUAAUACCCCCACAGAGCUCACAAUGCUCUUGUUCCCUGGGGGGGGUGGGGUAUUAGUGGGAAGUUCCAUACAGGGCUGGCACUAGGGGCAGGCAGUAGAGGCAGUGCCUGGGUGUAACUGGGAGACCCAAGGCACAUAACCAGUACACCAUGUUCCGGCUCUGGACACUUCCCCAGAUGUUGCUGGACUACACCUCCCAGCAUACUUUAAUCCUUGAUCAUAUUUUGUACAGCAAAGGAACCAAACAUAGCCUUCAAUACCCACUCUAGCAUGAGUCUUUCCCCCCACCCCGGCUACUGCCUUACCAAGGGGGAAGAACUGGGUUCAGCAUAUAAUCAGCAGGGGAUGUUCUCCUUUAGCUAAGAAUUACAGGCUACAAAGAGCAUGGGGUAGAAUGAGCACUUGGCUUCCUAUAGAGUGCCUCCCCUCCCUCCCUUCCUUCCUAACUGCCAGCCUCCCAGCCCUCCCUAUCUGGCAGCACAAGUCCCCAGUUAGUCGCUCUGUCUCCCUGCUCUGCUCAGGUUUCUGCUGCUGCUGCCCCCAGGGCUACACAUUCUGUACAAGGCAAGACAGGGCAAUUACUGGAUUGUCCUGCCUGGGUGCUGCUGAGCACUCUCUUCCCAGGAGAAGAGGAGGCAGUUGGGCAGGGAGCACCUCUCUUCUGCAUGUGUAUUGGGCACUUUUGCCAAGGGACACCAUGAGGAAGGAUGCACACCAAGGCAGAGCCUAUAUCAUAACACAGGAAAACAUUGCAAGACCAAGAGGCGAUCAUGUUUGUAUAAAUGUGUUCUAAAUAAAGGAGGAUGUAAAGGUUGCUCUGGAUUUAUCAUAAGGACAUAACAAUUCCUAAUUAUUAAGUGCCGGCUGCACCCCAGGUAGAAGGAAUGAGUACGUAUUGCAACGUGUGGUAACAAAGCAAAAGAAUGCAAGAACCCCAAGAGAGCUGACCUGAUCACCCAAGGAACUUCUACUCUGCUCCAAAGCUCAGAAAAUUCUCCCAUCGUUUGUCUUGUUCAGCCCUUGGGUCAGGAAGUAGUAAAGAGGAGCUAUUAAAUUCGGACAAAACCAUAUUGGUUGUUCUAUAUUGUAAUAAACUGCUUGGAGAAUUCAUGGAGAAAAUGAUCCCCAAGGAAUCCAGGCUGUGACAAAUGUAAUUACCUUUCUGCUGGACGGGGUCGACCAAGGACACAGCUAAGCAUGAAUUGCCCUCGUUUCUGCUGCCGAUUUCUCCAUCACCGGAGGAUCACGUGGGUUCCACCUGUGCUGUUUUUAGUGUUCUUCUUGAUCUAUCUCUCCUUCUUCAUGGAAUAUUCCAGCCCAGUGGAGAGGGUGGAGACCACUGACAAUCAGGGGUGCGUGUGUGGCCGCUGCAGGCAAGAGAAGCGGAAGCAGACUGAAUUUUUUGAGAAACGUUUUAAUGAGACAGUAGAGCCCUUACUUCUCGGGAAGGAACAAGAGAUGCCAGAUCAUGUGAAGAAAUGGUGGCUGAGGCUCCAAGGCAGGAACAAUGGCAGUGACAUUCAGAAGGUGCUGGAGCAGACCUUCAAGGUGAUACCUACAAAAAACCUGUACGAGGAGCAGGACAACCGGCCUUGCAGGCGAUGUGCUGUUGUUGGGAAUUCUGGCAACCUGAAAGGAUCCCGGCAUGGGAAAAACAUAGAUUCCCACGGACUCAUUUUCAGAAUGAACGGGGCACGUACCUAUGGCUUUGAAAAAGACGUGGGUUCCAAAACAACCCAUCACUUCAUGUAUCCAGAGAGUGCCGUCCACGUCCAACCAGGUGUCCACUUGGUGCUGAUCCCGUUCAAACUGCAGGACCUCAAGUGGAUCACCAGUGCGCUGACAACUGGAGAGGUCACCUACACCUACACAAGAGUGAAGAAGUUUAUCAAGGCUGAUAAAGAUAAGGUGUUGAUAUUUAACCCCUCUUUUUUUAAAUAUGUCAAUGAUAACUGGACUAACCAUCAUGGGAAAUAUCCAUCUACUGGCAUGCUGGCCCUGGUCUUUGCUUUACAUAUCUGCGAUGAGAUAUCUGUGUUCGGCUUUGGCGCUGACCAACAUGGCAACUGGCACCACUACUGGGAAAGGAACAGGUUUGCGGGGGCGUUUCGCUGGACAGGAGUGCACAACGCUGAGUUUGAGUCUGAUCUCAUAGCUAAAUUAGCGGAAGAGGGAAGGCUAAAAUUGUACAAAUGAACCUGAAUGUUUCCAGAACCAAAAAAGCAGAAGGAAUGUUAUAUUUUGGUACUUUUUUUUUGUACUUUGCUAAUAAAUACAGAAAUGGAACUUC